CCCAUUAAUUUCAGACCCCCUCCUCCGCCCUAAAAAGUUUCCAAAACGAUGCCACAAAAAUGAACACCACCACCUGCCAUGGUCGACUUCCCCAAAACCCUCUCCCCAAAGCGCCUCCUCAAACUCCUCCAAUCCGAAAAGAACACCCGCUCCGCCCUCGCCCUCCUCGACUCCGCCACUCGCCGCCACCCCAACUACCCCCACUCCCCGGACGUCUUCCACCACAUCCUCCGCCGCCUCUCCCACCCCUCCCUCGUCUCCCACGUCCCGGGCGUUGUCGACCUCAUCCGCACCCAGAAAUGCCGCUGCCCCGAGGACGUCGCAUUAACCGUCAUCAAAGCCUACGCCAAAAACUCAAUGCCGGACAAAGCUCUCCAAGUGUUCCAACAAAUGCAAGAGACUUUCGGCUGCGAGCCCGGCAUCCGCUCCUACAAUUCACUGCUGAACGCCUUCAUUGAGUCGAAUCAGUGGGACCGGGCCGAGCAGCUGUUUACUUAUUUCGAAACGAUUGGGCUGGCCCCUAAUCUGCAGACUUACAAUACUCUGAUCAAGGUUUCGUGCAAGAAGAAGCAGUUUGCGAAGGCGAGGGGGUUGCUGGAGUGGAUGUCGGAGAAGGGAUUGAAGCCGGAUGUCAUCAGUUACGGAACUCUGAUCAAUGCGCUUGCGAAAAGUGGGAUGCUGGAGGAUGCAUUGGAGGUGUUCGACGAAAUGCCUGAGAGGGGAGUGAGUGCUGAUGUCAUGUGUUAUAAUAUUUUGAUGGAUGGGUGCUUUCGGGGAGGCGAUUAUGCGGGGGCGAAGGAGGUUUGGGAGAGGUUGGUGAUGGACUCGGGGGCGUAUCCGAAUGUGGUGAGUUAUAAUGUUAUGAUUAGCGGGUUGUGUAAAUGCGGGAGGUUUGAGGAGAGUUUGGAGAUAUGGGGUAGGAUGAAGAGGAAUGAGAGAGGGUGUGACUUGUUUACUUGUAGUUCUUUGAUCCAGGGGUUGUGUAAAGCGGGGAAUGUGGAUGAGGCGGAGAGAGUUUAUAGGGCUAUGGUCGAGAAGGGAGUAAUGCCGGACGUGGUUAUGUAUAAUACAAUGCUGGAUGGGUUCUGCCGAGCUGGGAGGAUUGAACAGUGCUUUGAGUUGUGGGAGGUGAUGGAGAAGGGUGAUUGUCUUAAUGUUGUGAGUUAUAACAUAUUGAUCAAAGGGUUGUUUAAAAAUGGGAAGAUGGAGGAAGCAAUGUCUGUUUGGGAAUUGAUGCAUGAGAAGGCUUGCGUUGCAGAUUCCACAACGUAUGGAGUUUUACUUCAUGGCUUGUGUAAGAAUGGUUAUUUGAACAAGGCUUUGAAGAUUUUAACUGAGGCAGAAAAUGCAAGAGCUGAUCUUGAUGUCUUUGCGUAUUCCUCUUUAAUUAAUUGGUUAUGCAAAGAAGGGAGACUAGAUGAAGCAGCCAGGAUGCUUGAUCAGAUGGCCAAAUGUGGCUAUAAACCAAAUUCUCAUGUCUGCAAUUCAUUGAUACAUGGUUUUAUCCAAGCUUCCAAAUUUGAAGAUGCAAUUGGGUUUUUUAGGGCAAUGUCCACCAACUAUUGCUCUCCAAAUGUUGUCUCCUACAAUACUUUGAUAAAUGGCUUAUGCAAAGUUGGAAGAUUUAGUGACGCGUAUGUGUUUGUGAGGGAAAUGCUGGAGGAAGGCCAGAAGCUGGAUGUGAUCACAUAUAGUUUGUUAAUUGAUGGACUCUGUCAAGACAGGAAGAUUGACAUGGCCCUCAACUUGUGGAAUCAAGCCCUUGACAAGGGAUUCGAGCCUGAUGUAACUAUGUACAACAUCAUGAUUCAUGGACUUUGCUGUGCAGGCAAAGCAGAAGGUGCUUUGCAGCUAUAUUUUCAGAUGGGGGGUCGGAAUUGUGUUCCGAAUCUAGUGACGCAUAACACCUUAAUGGAGGGUUUUUACAAAAUUAGGGACUGUGGAAAGGCAUCACAAAUUUGGGCUCGCAUUUUAAAAGAUGGGCUACGACCAGAUAUAAUUUCCUAUAAUAUUACUCUCAAAGGGCUUUGUUCAUGCAGUAGAAUUUCAGAUGCUGUUGGGUACUUAGAAAAAGCUCUGCAUCAUGGAGUUCGUCCAACUCAUAUAACGUGGCACAUACUUGUUAGGGCAGUGGUCAACAAUGGGGCCACUACGCAGUCUUCUUGUGGUUAAAGUGUGAAUGAAUAGGGAUGCUUUAAACUACCAUGCCGCACUUGAAGAGAUCCAGCCCCUCAUAGAGUCCACAGAUGCCAAGAUAUCUACUGAUAAUGGACCAUGCGCUUUGGUGUAUUCUUCAUGAAGAACAUGGUUUUCUUUCAAAAGUAACGCAAGAGUUCUUUUACGAAUGAAGGACAAGAUAUUGGUCACUAUUUGACAGAAGUAUGAUCUGAGUAACCAAACCCACUAAAAUUACCCCGAGAAAUGCAACUUUUCUCCAAUCGGGCGUUGAAGUGAUGAAAGAAUCAACAAUUUCUAUGAGUAGCAGGCCAAUUAAUACAAGAUUCCUCAAACGCCUGCAUACGGCUGUCCAUAUUCUCCAUUAUCUGCUAGUCACAAAUGAACAAGAAUUGGAUUAUCUACAGAUUUCACAGCAAGUCACGUUUUGGAUCUUUAAUGCAGAUAUUGGAAAUAAAACAG